AAUGACUUUUUGUAUUUUGCUUCCUGGGGCCUCGCUCGAACGCUAUUGACAUCUUGCGAAACUGUAGAUUGCACUUGGAAACUCCCACCCGAGUUCACAGAUAUUGCUGCUGUAGUGUGCUUAGCUUCUUCAUGUCCACCUCUUGGCUUUGGCCUUUGCAGCUACUGCAGGACGAAGUUCUCAGUUUUACAGUGUCUGGUUGGCUCUCGCAUUUAUUGCACUCCUGGUGGCUGUUGGUGCCUUUAGCAAUGCUGCUCGUCGUGGCCGCCUUCAUUGUGGCUUUCGUGCUGCUCUUAUACAUGGUAUCUCCACUCAUUAGCCCCAAGCCGCUCAAGUUAAACGGAGCCCAUGUGGUGGUAACAGGAGGCUCCAGUGGGAUUGGCAAAUGUAUUGCUAUAGAAUGUUACAAGCAAGGAGCUUUUAUAACUCUUGUGGCAAGAGAUGAGAGUAAACUACUUCAGGCUAAGAAGGAGGUUGAAACAUAUGCAAUUAAUGAUAAACAAGUAGUGUUGUGUAUAUCAGUUGAUGUAUCAAAGGAUUAUGAACAAGUUGAAAGUGUUAUAAAGCAAGCACAAGAGAAACUUGGACCAGUUGACAUGCUAGUGAAUUGUGCUGGGACCUCGCUAGCAUCGAGAUUUGAAGAAGUGGAAGUAAGCAACUUCAAAAGAUUAAUGGAGAUCAAUUAUCUGGGCAGCGUGUAUCCUACACGAGCUGUUAUCACAACAAUGAAGGAGAGAAGGGUUGGAAGAAUUAUGUUUGUAUCAUCACAGGCUGGUCAAAUAGGCCUGUUUGGCUACACUGCCUAUUCACCGUCCAAAUUUGCCCUUCGUGGACUGGCUGAAUCUCUGCAGAUGGAGAUGAAGCCUUACAAUAUCUACAUUACUGUAGCUUACCCACCUGAUACAGACACCCCUGGGUUUGCAGAGGAGAAUAAAACAAAGCCACUGGAAACUAAACUGAUUUCAGAGACAUCUGGAGUUUGCCAACCAGAACAAGUUGCUAAAGUAGUUGUGAAAGAUGCUGUGCAGGGAAAUUUCAAUAGUUCAGUGGGCCCAGAUGGUUAUAUGCUGUCUUCACUAACCUGUGGCAUGUCACCUGUUACUUCCAUCACAGAGGGGCUUCAACAGAUAGUCACCAUGGGCCUGUUUCGGACUAUUGCUCUGUUUUACUUGGGUAGCUUUGACAGCAUUGUCCGUCGAUGUAUGAUGAAGAGAGAACAACUGAAAACAGCAGACAAGUCUGAAUAAUGACAUGUGGAUUCUUUUUAGUCAAUUUUUUCUUCCCUUCCCCCUCCCAACAAGUCUUAGAAAGUGACUACCUUGUAAUAUUACUUUUCACAGUAGUACUUGAACUUCUAAAAGAUGAUGUGAUGUUUACAAAAGAAAACUAAAAUGCAAGCAACAUGAGAGCAUUCAUACAGAAUUAUGCCAGAUUGCUAAUUUUCUACACUUACCUUUUUUAUUGAAUUAAGUAGACUUUUAUUUAUACCCUUCCAAUUGAAGUACACCGUAAUGUCAUAUUCAUUGCAAACAGUAUGUUUACUAGACAUAUGUUUUUUUCUGUUUGUAAGAUGGACCAUAUUUCAUGUUUUAAAACAAUAAUCUGUAAUGAAUAAUUUGUCUGCUAUACAUAAAUUCGCAUCCACUUAAAUGCCUAGUUAAGUUUUAAAUGAGCCUAAGCUGUUUUCUGAACUGACUACUCACUUAUUCUUUGACAUUGUUGCCUUGCCUUGUUGAAAGGCUAACAGAUGAUGUCAUUGUCAGCUAUUCUUUGGGAAUAAAGCCACAACACUGGAAGUUAUUCUUUUUAUACAGGUAAUGGUGAACGAUGCAUAUGGUUCAUAAAAUUCGCCAGGUCAGUGAAACAGAAUAUUUGCUGUUCAAGGUAACCUCAUUGUUGGAGUUAACAUUUGAGGAUAAAUGAACACGUCAGUGUAGUCAACACUAGUAAUUAGUCCUGAAAGUGAUUUUACAGAUUUAGAUAAUAGCAUGUCACAUGCAGAAGGCAGCAGUAUAAAAAUUAUGUGUAGGCAUGCCAAUUAUAUUUAUUUUUGCUCGCUAACUGUUCAGCUUAUCUAUGCACUGAAGCUCAUAAACACAAAUUGGGGUGAUCUGGAUCUUUUAAAUAUAGUGCAUCAGUUUGCAUUAUUUUAGUUAAUGCUAACUAAUUUCAUUAGGAAAAUUUAUUAAAUAGGCACCAAUAUCUUAAAGCUAAUUUAAUAGUAUAGCAUUAAGUGUCAUGCUUUGUUAAGAGAUGUGUACUUAAUUUUUUUUCCCUAGAUCACAAGAGCCCCAUAUUGACUUAAUAGGACCACUAGAUGAAUGAACCUUUCAGACAAUAUGUGUGCCUGAAAUGCAUGUUGGACCAAUUUGUUUUUGCCAAUAGUAAUGAGACACUAUUUCAUACUUUCAACAUUUUGAUAACUUUUUUGGCAAUUAUUUCAAUUUU